GUGGUAGUCAGUGUUUUGAUCUAGUUGGCAUAAACGUUCUGGGACAUUUAGCUUUGGGAACAUCGUGAAAGUGAGCUGUUUUUGAUUAUCCGUUCCUUUUUCUCGUUGCCCAGGAGUACACCAAGACCAUCAUAAGUACAAAUGUUCGAGUUUGUUUUGGCUAACCUUGGAYGCAACUGUUUUUAGCUGUGGCCAGCUGGCAUGGCGUGAAUUCGGCAACCCCCAGGAAACCAAUGUGGAGAAUGCGUCGAGCAAGCUAGAACGACAUUUGAACACCGUCCUUGAGUUAUUAUUAGCAAUGAGCGUAUCGCCGUUCACUUUGCCCGCUUUUUUCUUAUUUUCUUUAGGCCCGUACAGAUAAACAGCUGCAAACCGCAAAGCGUCCUCGGUUGCCACUGCAAGUCGGGCCGAGCCGAAAUGGAUGCGCCUGUCCCAUUAACUCAGACCGAUAGUCCACGAUAGCCGCCGCCGACCGAGCCCGAAUCAAGCCCUGCUCACACCAGACCGCGGCUGUCUGUGUUUUCUAUGACCCGCUCGGUUUAUGCCCAGCUAGAUUCGGUGGAAUUGCUUUUGGACGAGCUCCCAUAUAUGUUUUAUUUGGGCCUGUUUUUUGUGAACGUCCUCAUACUCUACUAUGCUUUUCUGAUGGAGUACAUUGUCCUAAAUGUGGGGAUAGUGUUCCUGCCCGAGGACAUGGACCAGGCGCUGGUGGACCUUGGGGUGCUGUCCGACCCGGCCUCCGUACCUUAUGACACGGACCCGGAGCUGGACGUGUUUGAGGGAUACCUGGAAUGACGCGGUGUGACCGAGGAAGCAAAGAUAUGGGGAAGCGGGCCUCCCAGUGGAUGCUAGUGGAGGCUGCCUCCUACAGAGAUGUCUUAUUGAAAAAGUCGUCUCGGCUCAAAGGAAGGUAGCCUUUUGCAGAGAUUCAGGGCUCUUCCGGGACUCUGUUGAGGUCCAGCACCUGCGGCUGGGUUCCAGUAAAAAAACAAAAAGCUACUUCCUUUUCGAAAGAGUACGGUUCUGAUGACUUGCAUGGAGAUCCAGCAGCCUGACAUGCACUCCCAGAAACUUUCCAGGCUUCCUUUGGAUCCGGUUGUUCUUUGAACAGUCUUCAAAAUGAAUCGGGGAAAAUAAAAACGACAACAACAAAAAAAAGGUCACGUCCAUUUCAGCGUCAUACUCUACACAAUGAAACAUUUGAGAACUGUUCCAUCAUGGGCACGGUUAGAAUAUAAUCACUCUAAAGCACGCCAGACCCCACUGCUGCUGCUGCUGCUACUACUGGUUGACUGAGUCAGAAUGGGUUAUUUUGAGCUUCCUCACACUGUAUUCCAGCAUCAUCAGGGACAGGCACUGUCUCAGGAGUAAAGUUAGCACCUAUGGGUGCACUGACAAUACUUGUUUUACUAGAGAUAUGCUGUGAAGCUUCAAGAUGGUAAAGCAAAAACAUUUCAAAGUCUUGCUUUUUAUGCUCUCUCACUGAAAAGCAGAAAGGAAUGAUUUUUUUUUUGUUUUGUUUUUUUGUAUUUUUGCAGUUCUGUUCAAGUAGGUUUUAAUUAUUUUGGCUUAAAUGUUUUUUAAUAUUACGAAUGAAAACCCUUCAAGGGAGAUUUUUAUUCUGUGUUCAACAGUGAGGUGAUUUAGGAUGAUUGAACUUUGCAUGAUUUUUGCAUCAGGAGUUGAUUGAACUGAACACGUUGUCCUUGUUCUUACUUCGUUUGAAUGAUCGUAAAUCUAAGACUCCUUUCAUAAAGUGUAUAUCCUCAACAGCAAUAAUAAAAACUAGAGUAACGCAGUGGUCAAUUAGACGGUAGUGAGAUGAUUUACCUAAUUUAGUGAAGAAAAUGCCCUGCUGUCAGGGCCGACUGCAAGACUGUUUGUUGGUAAUCGAUCUCUGAAUGUGCCAUCCAUGCUGCAGAUCUGGAGGGAGGAGUGAGCCCAGCGUUUAGCAAACUAAUCACUUUGAUAAUAAAAAGAAAACUGUAUUUUUCUCCCGGUAAUGCUGAUUUGCAGAAUAUACAGAACGUCUAUCAACCUGACAACGUACGGUCGUCGUUGUGUUGCACCUGCAUGUUUCACUCCGAAGUUUUAAUCCAGAUCUCUUUUCUGCCAGCUUACCGUCAGUCCGUCAGACUGCCCUGAUUCUAAUUUCAAUGACACUGCCUGGUCUGCUGGCACGGCAACCUAAACUUCUGGUGACCUAACCGUGUAUAGCCUGACCACUCUCAAACUGAGAUAGAAGUAAUUCCACCCUAAUGCAAGACUGUUUUUUCUAAAGCUUUGUUAGACUCAAACCAGUGUUGGACCGUUGAAGCCAGGUUCCCGUGACCAGUUUGGAUUCACACAGCCGAAAAGCAAUAUGUAAAUAUGAAAUCUUUCAAUUUGUAACCCAGUGUUACCAUGAGUAUUUUUUGUUUUUUUUGUUUUAUUACUUUCUGACCAAAUUUAAAACGGCCUCUCGGUUUUAUUGCUCACAACUAGAACUCAGGAAAUUACUUUUCAUUAAUGUAAUCUAAGUUUGUACAAGAUUUGGCCAGAUUAAAGCAAGCAAAUGUUAAAAUCAAAAUAAAACAACCAGCACCUGAUGGUGAACUCACUGGUACUGCCCACGAAAAGAAAUGUUUUUUUAUAGCCGUUUUUUUGGGCAAUUGUAGAAAAUGUGAUUGGUUUAGUUUGAAUGAUUAAAAAUUGUACAAAGUACAAGAUCGGUUUGAAUCAAUGCCAACUUCACUGAAGUCAAAGGAGAUGCUCCUUGUCUAGCUUUGAUUGUAAAAUCUACCUGAUGCCGUUCGCAGCAUCGCUGAUACAAAUCCAACGACUACAUCGGGGACUCACAGGCACUGGUGUAGUGGAGUGUCGGAGCAAAUAAUGUUCCGUUUCAAAACACCCGUAGCCUGUAAUCAUCAGCAUUACAGUGCAGCGCCGUUUAUCAGACCCCGUAAACAAACAAGAACUUUAUAUAUGACUUGACUCCUAAGUAUGUGCUAUACUGUUGUCAUAUGGUUGGAUACAGCCACGCUUCACUCUGAAAUAAAAAUGAUUUGCAAAUGA